GCUCCGGGCGCUGCAGCCGCCGGGGUCGCGCCGAGCCCGACCCGCCGAGCCCCACACGACGCACCACAAGCACCUGCCUGGGAUGAUGCAGGACAGCAGAGAAAGCCUGUUUUGAGGAAGAGGAUGAAUGGAAGGAGAAGAGGCACAUGAGAAGGAUGGCAAGCUGUGCCCUAUGACGACCUCACCCACCAUGUUUUAUGGGUCCUCCUCCACCAUGGCUCCCCCAUCCAAGAACCGGCUGAAGCGCCAGAGCCGGAUUUUCUCCCAGGUUCUCUACCGAACACUCAGCUACAAGGACCGGAGCUCAACCUCCUCUGCCCAGGCAGCUGGGGAAGAUGACCCAGCUGAGCUCUCCACCCAAAUCUCAGCCCCUGGUGUCCUCAAGAUCUUCGGGGGCAACAUCUGUGCAGGCACCAACUACAAGAGCGUGCUGGCAUCGGGCAGCUCGGGGGCACGGGAGCUGGUGAAGGAAGCCCUGGAGCGGUAUGGGCUAAGCCAGCUGAGUGCUGGGCAGUACGCGCUCUGCGAUGUCAUCGGGAGGUUCGAGGGCCCCGAGAAGAGGUGGCAGACAGAAGGGCUGAGGGUCCUGGGGGACCAUGAGAAGCCUCUGCUCAUCCAGGAUCUCUGGAAGCCCAGGGAAGGUUUUUCCCGGCGGCUGGAACUGCGCAAGAGGGCGGAGGUGGAAGAGAUGGCGGCCAGGGAUGUGGACACCACCACUGCAGGUAUCAACGCCCAAGCGCGGAAGCUGCAGCGGCACCGGGCGCGGGGGGCCCGGCGGCUGCCGGCGGGGACUGAGCGGCGCGGACCCCCCCAGAUCCCCCCGGCCCUGCGGCGAAGCCUCAGCGAAACCAGCCUGGGCAACCCGGUUCGGCGGGCAGGGGCAGGGGUCGGAGCCGGGGCCGGGGAGCGGCUCCAGAGGCUCUGCUCCACCCUGCCCGGCAGCCCGGCGGCACGGAGCGGCGGCAGCAUGCGGUACUCCCUCUACCAGUCCCCGCACCUCCUGCUCCUGCAGGGCUACAGCCAGCAGCAUGACAGCCUGGUUUACCUGCUGAACCGCGAGCAGCACACGGUGGGCCAGAGGACACAGGCGAGCAAGCCCAGCAUCAGCCUGUCAGCCCCCGACAUCCUGCCCCUGCACUGCACCAUCAGGAAGCUCCGACCUUCCCGGCAUCGCUGGGAGGAGAAGCUGGUGCUGGAACCCAUCGCUGGUGCCAGCAUCUCUGUCAACUUCACCGAAGUGGCCAGGACAGUUGUGCUGAGGCACGGGGACCUCCUCUCCCUUGGUCUCUACUACCUGCUCCUCUACAAGGACCCCAUGAAGGCGCAGCCGCUGCCGGCGCAGACCCUGCUGAGGCUGCGAGCCCUGCACCCCGUUGUCCCCGAGGGUCCCCCGAUCUGUGGGGCGUGUGGCAACCUGCUGAAGGACUCUGCCACCAAAAAACGGGUUUCCUCGCCUGCCAGUGUUCCAGGGGCACCCCGCAGAAAGCUGCUGCUGGAGUUCGGGCCAGCGGCUGAGGAUGUGCUCCUGCGGCGCAUCAUGACCCUGAUCGAGCCGGGGGGGGAUGACCACAAGCUGACCCCUGCCUUCCUGCUCUGCCUCUGCAUCCAGCACUCAGCCACCAGCUUCCAGCCAGGGGACUUCGGGCAGCUGCUGCUUAAAGUGGCCAAAAUGAUCCAGAGGACUGUGUGGGAGCGGACACGGGAGUUGGCUGAGAAGCAGUCCCAGCACCAGGACCCUGCUGCUCUGUCCUGCUUCACCAUCACAGACCUUCUCCCAGACCUGCAGCACAUCCUCUUCUGGAUGGCUAAUGCCAUCGAGGUCCUCUACUUCAUCCAGCAGAAGUCACCCACCUACAUCCAGAACAUGGAGGAGGAGCUGGAUGUCAGAGGCUCCAAGGAGUCUUUGUUCUCCUCAACCAUCACAGCCAGCGAGGAGGCCAUGACGGUGCUGGAGGAGGUGAUCAUGUACACCUUCCAGCAGUGUGUCUACUACAUCUCCAAGUGUCUCUACAUGUCUCUCCCUGCCCUGCUGGAGUGCAACCCCUUCCAGAACGAGUGCCGGGAGAGCUGGCGGGCAUCUCCCCCCCUGCCCGAGGAGCUCCGUAGGGUUGUGCUUAUCUACCAAGCAACACUGGACCUGCUCCGUCAGUAUGAAGUGCACCCAGAGAUCACCUCCCAGAUGUUUGCCUACCUCUUCUUCUUCUCCAACACCUUGCUCUUCAACCAGCUGCUGGACAAGGGCUCCUCUCUUGGCUGCUUCCACUGGUCACAGGGGGUGAAGCUGCGGGCCAGCGUGCGGAUGCUCCUGGAGUGGCUGCGUGGUGCUGGCUUCGAGCAGCUGUCUCAGCAGUUCUUUGCCAAACUCGCCAGCGUGGCCAACCUGCUGGCCAUGCCCAGCUCCCAGCUGGUCCAGAUGUCCUGGUCCUCCCUGCGAGCCGAGUUCCCGGCGCUGAGCCCCGCGCAGCUCCAGAGGGUGCUGAGCCAGUGCCAGGAGGUGAUGGAUGUGGGCUGCAUCACGGCCUGGCAGCCUGGUGAGGAGGAGAACCCAGCCACCUUCCAGCCUGAUGAGGUGCUGGAGUCCUUUGACAACCACCCACCCAUCAUCCUGCCCAGUGGGGGCUUCAAAGUGGACCUGGAAGUGGAGACAUUGGAUGAUAACAUCUACAGGCACCUCCUCUACAUCCGCCACUUCCUCUGGAGCCUGCAGAGCAAGAGCUCCCCCAGCAGUGAGAGGCCAGGCUUGGCACCCCCAAAGAAAGAGGCAUGCAUGACACCAGACGUCCUGGAGGUGAGCGAGAGCCCAGUGGGUGUCAGCACCAUCACCCAGGAGGAUUACAGCUCCCUGGGGGGCUGCCCUGAGCCUGAGGGGAGCCCCCCCCUCUGCCUGCCCACCAAUGGGUGCCACUGCGAGCACCCCACCAGUGAGCCACAGCUCCAGGAGAAGCUCAAGCAGUUGCAGCUGGGCAGGGGUCCGGUCCCUAAGGCUGGCACAGCACCCCCAGACCCCUCCUGCCUCCUGACACCCCCCACCACCCCCUUGAACUUUGACUCCGGGAGCCCUGAGUCCCCACAGGGCACAGGCAAGGGGCUACAGGACCCUCGGAGAAAUGGGACGAAUGGAACCAAAGGCAGCACCCCUGAAGGGUGCUCCCCGACCCCCUAUGACUACCCCACACCGGAGUCUUCCAGCCGCAGCUCUGCCACUGAUGAUUUCUGCUACGUCUUCGUGGUGGAGCUGGAGAGAGGACCCAUCGGGCUGGGCAUGGGGCUGAUUGAUGGUGUGCACACUUCUCUCUGCUCCCCGGGCAUCUACAUCCGCACCCUGAUUGAGGACAGCCCCGCAGCGGCUGACGGGAGGCUCUCCAUCGGGGACCGCAUCCUGGCUGUCAACGGCACCAGUCUCAUCGGGGCAGACUACCAAAGCGCUGUGGAUCUCAUCCGCUCCGGAGGGAAGAAGCUGCGGUUUCUGGUUGCCAAGUCAGACAUGGAAAUAGCCAAAAAAAUCAGUUCCAGCUCCUCUUCCUCCUAG